CAUGGUAAUUCUAAGACUUGUUCUUUACCCAUGGAAUGUAAUAUUUUUGCAAAGAUGGACCACUUCACAAAUGGUUAUAAAGUCAUACCCACUUCUUCCACAAUGACCACAACAAAUGACCAAGCAUGAACUAAAGCGCCAGAACUGAUUGUGGCGGGACAUCUUUCACUGAGAAAUAACUAAAAUGGAACAUAAUGGGUCAGCUUCAAAUGCUGAUAAAAUCCACCAGAAUCGCCUGUCAAGCGUUACAGAAGAUGAAGAUCAAGACGCUGCUCUCACCAUUGUGACCGUGCUGGACAAAGUAGCCACCAUCGUGGACAGCGUGCAGGCGAGCCAGAAGAGACUAGAGGAAAGACACAGGGAAAUGGGAAAUGCCAUAAAGUCCGUCCAGAUUGACCUGUUGAAGCUUUCACAGUCACACAGCAAUACAGUCUAUGUCAUUAACAAGUUGUUUGAGAAAACGCGAAAAGUCAGUGCUCACAUUAAAGACGUGAAGGCCCGGGUAGAGAGGCAACAAAUUCACGUGAAAAAAGUUGAAUCCAAGCAAGAGGAAAUAAUGAAGAAGAACAAAUUCCGUGUGGUAAUAUUCCAGGAGGAGACUCGGUGUCCGACAUCCCUGUCUAUUGUUAAAGACAGAAGCCUAACUGAGAAUCAGGAGACCGAUGAUGAUGUCUUUGACCCUCCAAUAGAUCUGUCUUCAGAUGAAGAAUAUUAUGUCGAAGAAAGCAGAUCUGCCAGGCUUAGAAAGUCAGGCAGGGAGCGCAUUGAUAAUAUCAAAAAGGCAUUUUCCAAAGAAAACAUGCAGAAGACACGGCAGAAUUUUGACAAGAAAGUGAACAGAAUUAGAACAAGAAUAGUGACCCCAGAGAGGAGAGAAAGGCUAAGGCAGUCGGGAGAAAGGUUAAGGCAGUCGGGAGAGAGGCUGAAACAGUCAGGGGAAAGGUUUAAGAAAUCCAUUUCUAACGCAGCUCCCUCAAGGGAAGCUUUUAAGAUGCGUAGCCUUCGGAAAGCUAAAGACCAAACUAUGGCUGAAGAUGCGGAGGAGGUCAGGGAGAUGGGUGUGGACAUCAUUGCCAGGAGCGAGUCUCUGGGCCCCAUCAGUGAGCUCUACACUGAUGAGCUCAGUGAAACAGACCACAGGGAGGCCAGGGCGGUGUAUCCUCCCAUAGAAGGAGGAGAGAUCCCCACCCCUGAGCCUUUAAAAGUUACUUUUAAACCCCAGGUGAAAGUGGAGGAUGAUGAAUCUGUUUUGCUAGAUUUAAAGCAAUAAUCAUAAAGAGGAACUAAGCAUAAUAUAAGUAUAAAUCUCUUAAAUCACAAGCUUCUUGUUUAGUCAUUUACAUUUAUAAAAUAGUUAUUUACAUUUGUUCGUAGGAAAACAUGAAUGAUAUGGCUGGUUUCAUUUCUGAUGUUUAAAAUCUUAAAGAUAACACAAGUAUUCUAUACAUUUCCUUAUAACUUCCUUGGAAAUUCCUUUUUCUCCCCUGGGCUUAUAUGAUUCUAUCAGCUUUCUAAGUCAUUCUUAUGGCAGCUGUGGAUUUUUAAGUUCUUUUCUCUUGCCCAGCAGGAAAGCAGUUUCUUAGGGAGGGCCAGUUAGGUGUUUGGUGUCUAAAACAUAUGAAGGGCAAAUUUGUAGCCAUCAUUUGCAAGUGAACUCUCAAAUUUGGUCUAGAUGGGUGUUGUGGCCAAGCUCAAAGGGGAAUUACCCAUGUGUGGAUUAUGUCAUCCAUAUGUUCAAAUAGAUUAGUCAAUUCAUUAGUCAAAUAGAUUCAUUAGGUGUAGUCACACAUCUUUUUGAUGCUUUUGUGUAAAAAAUAGGAAGUUCUGCACUUGAGCAUUUGGUUCUGGCAUUAUAGCUUUGCUUAUACCAAGCCACUUGGCAGAUCACCUGCUAGUAAACUCAUCAGUAAAAUGGAGAGGGUUUAUCUAUCCCAUCUCGGAGGACUGUUGUGAAGGCCAAAGGAAAUGUUACACAUUCUGGGGAAACAGCACAUCCAGAGGAAAACAAACCCCACUGGUUCCUCAGGAACAGAAUUGAAAUAAUUAUACCUUCUGAAAAAGACUUGAGCGCCAAGCAUUGAAGACCUAGGUUGGACAGAAGCUAAAGUUGGUCUUCAGAAGCCUUUUCACAGAAUAAGGAAUGAGAAAUAAAUGUUCGACAUUUUUUUUUGUCAAAGAUUAAAAUCCAACCUUGGGUAGGGUC